CAGUAAUCUUCCUCUUCCCCCCAAUUUAACCCCUUUUUCUAAAAAAAUAAAAUUGAAUAAAAUCUUUUUGAAUCUUGUUUUAUAUCCUUCUUUUGAUCCUUUUUUUCUGGAGCUUGAUCUAUCCUCUUUGUUUUCAAUCUCCAAGAAUCGGUUGAGAUCGGAUUCAGAUGGCGGCAUCAAGACGGUUGCAUGACCUCUAACCUCAACCAGGGAACAAGAUCUGCGUCGACUGUGCCCAAAAGAAUUUGCAAUGGGCUACGGUCUCCUAUGGCAUCUUCAUGUGUUUGGAGUGCUCCGACAAGCACCGUGGUCUCGGCAUCUAUAUUUCUCUUGUCAGGUCUGUUACCAUGGACUCUUGGUUUCGAUGGAGGUGAAGCAGGGAGACCAGGCUACGUUUGCUGCGGCUGCUCACGAAGGAGAUGAGGUGGUGCCUGACGGGUGGAACGGGUUGGGCGGUUGGCGCGGGUCGAACGAGUCGAACGGGUUUGGACGGGCCAACUCUCAAAACGAGCCGAAGCAUGCACUCUGCCCAUUUUUAAGUCUAGGUCCGAUUGAACCGAUUCAACCGACCGAACCGGACCGAUGUGUUUGGGACCCAAUUUCCCUCUUUUCCUUCGUUAUUUAUGACUUCACUGCCCCAAAUUUACCAACGGACCUGGAGUUUCUGAAACUUGGGAGGGAAGCAAAGAUACUGGAAUACAAUUCCACAGUGGAGCUUGUUUUCCAGGGAACAUUCUUGCUUAGAGGGAGUGACCAUCCAAUCCAUCGUCAUGGCUUCAGUUUUUAUGUUGUGGGGAUGGGUUUAGGGAAUUUUGACAAGGACAAAGAUCCCUCAAGGAAUAAUUUAGUUGAUCCUCUUCUUCAAAACACUGUGCAUGUCCCUAAAAAUGGCUGGACCACCAUUAGGUUCCGAGCUGACAAUCCUGUAUUCAUUGUUAAAAAUGGCAAAUCUCCGGAGACCAAACUGUUACCACCACCACCUGACAUGCCACCAUGUUAGGGCUGUCUCCAUUAUAUCGUAGGUUGCAAAUUCACUGGGUCAAGAAAUAUAUGUCCUCCAAUAUAUAUGGAGAAAAAGAUAUACUGUAAUCCUCGAAAGUAUUUAGCUAAAUGCAUGGUUGUGCUCAUCAGCAGGAUUGUUAUUGCCUUAUUGGUAAUAUUAAUUGUGAGUGAAAUGCAAUCCCUCUAUCAAUAGUUAUAAUUUGUGCAAGAUAAAAACCUCUUUUGCUA